AGAGCCCUCAAGAGAGAAAGCAAAAGAUACAGGAAAAAACAUUUACAUUUGUAAGGAGAUGAUAAGCUCUGAGCCAAUGAUGAGGGAAAACCAGACCCCCUGCACCACAUUCAUCUUUGUGGCUUUCUCCUCUCUUGGUGAGCUACAGCCCGUGCUCUUUGUGGUAUUCUUAGCCAUAUACACAUUCACUGUGUUGGGAAACCUGGUGAUCAUCUUCCUCAUUUGCAUGAGCCCCAGCCUCCACACUCCUAUGUACUUCUUCCUGACUAACCUGUCCUUUCUGGAGAUGUGCUAUAUCACCAGUGUGGUGCCUCAGGUGCUUGUGCACCUGUUGGUGGAACCCAAGACCAUGAGUGUGUUACAUUGUGCAGCUCAGAUGUAUGUCUUCACCAUCCUGGGGUUGACAGAAUGCUGCCUCUUGGCAGCUAUGGCUUAUGAUCGCUUUGUUGCCAUCUGCUACCCAUUACGGUACACAUUGUUGAUGGGUCCUCGAGUCUGCAUACAAUUGGCUGUGGCAUCCUGGACUACAGGAAUGGUUGUGGAGAUAGCCCAGACCACAUGGAUCUUCACCCUCCCUUUCUGUGGUACAGGAAAAAUCCAGCACUUCUUUUGUGACAUCAUGCCAGUGGUGAAACUGGCUUGUGUGGAUACCUCUCAAAAUGAGAUAGUUAUGUUUUCUGUUUCUGUUCUCUUCAUUAUGAGCCCCUGCCUCCUCAUUCUCUGCUCCUAUGCCCGCAUUCUCAUAACAAUUUUGAGAAUGCCCUCUGCUGCUGGGAGGCACAAAGCUUUUUCCACUUGCUCCUCCCAUCUCCUGGUGGUCUCUCUCUUCUAUGGCACAGCACUCUUUACCUAUCUUCAACCCAAAGCUGCCCAUACUCCAGCCACAGACAAAGCAACUGCUCUUAUGUACACAGUUGUCACACCUGCACUCAAUCCAGUCAUCUAUACCUUAAGAAACAAAGAAGUGAAAGGAGCCUUUUGGAGAAUAGUCAGCAGGCACCCUCUUAACCAAGCUGCCUAA